CUCCAACUCCAUGAGUCGCGACUUGCAGCCGAGUGGACCACGUGCAAAACAAACACUAGCUUGGAUAUACAUGAAGCUGGAGCAACCAGGAAACGCGUAGAUAACAACACCAGCUUUCCACUCGAACGAAGCUCUCUACUCCAACGGGGCUUUCUACUCGAACGAAGUUCUCUACUUUACCGACGCGGAUCCCCAAAGUUUGCCGGCCAUGUCGGAGCUUCUCGCCUUCAUUCUCGAGCACGAGCAAUUCCGCAAGGCGCGUCUUCCAAGCUUGUACUCCGACUUCCGCAACCUCAAGACCACGAACCUCAACGGCUACCAUGCCAACGUGACCGCGUGGAAAACGAUCCUCUCCGCCGCCCUCGCCGCGGGCAAAGGUCCAGAUUCCAACAAGCUGGUGCUGACCACCAGCGACGACCUCGUAUCGUCUCUGCAAACACGAGAAUGUGGCCGGCCUCUGGCGCUGGGUGUCGUUAUCGCUGAGGCUUUACACAACAAGGAGCUAUGGAAUCUGGAUACAUUCCUAGCGCGGCAGGAGAGCAUCUACGCGUGGAGCUAUACCGGCGCCGUGCUGAACUGGGGGUUGACGAAAGCGGGGAUCCGCGGGCAGCCGGUGGAUACUCGCGGGAUGGUUCACGGCCGGUUCGUGAUCGUUAAGAACGUCGAAGAAGCCGCCAAACAGAUCACGAGCACGUUCGCCGGGCACAGCUCGCUCACCGACCGGAUUUUCACCGCCGACCUCUUCGCGUCCGAACAUGCACCCACGCUAUCCGCAACCGACCUGAAGGUCCUCCUCCGCCACCUCUCCCGCGACAACCGAGUAUGCGCCUACAGCGGCGCCACAGUAAAAUUCCUCGCCCCUGGCGAGCCCGCGAUAAUAACAGAAACCGACACGACAAUCGCACACCUCAAGUCGCUGCUGCACUCGCUGAGCACACGGAUCGUGCAGCUGAGCACCGACAUCGCCGCGUGCACCGCCCGGGCGCAGGCCGCCGUGGCGAAUAAAAACCGCCCUGUCGCCCUGGCCGCGCUGAAGAGUCGGAAGACGGCGGAGGGGGUGUUGACUACGCAACUGCGUGCCCGUGGGCAAGUCGAGGAGGUGAUGGCCAGCAUUCAGACUGCUGCGGACAAUAUCGAGCUAGUGACGAUUCUUGAUCGCAGCUCGAAGGUGCUCAAGGGCCUGAAUAAGGAGAUUGGCGGGGUUGAGGGCGUGGAUAUGGUUCUAGAUAAAUUACGGGAGGAGACGGAUACGGUGGAGGAGGUCAAUAGGGCUAUUACUGAGGGAGGUGUGGUUAUUGAUGAGGAGGUUGUUGAGGAUGAGUUGGAGGCUAUGAUGAACGAGGUGAAGGAUGCGGAGAGGGCGGAGAAGGUUAGAAAGGAGUUAGAGGAGAUUCCUGCUGUCAGAGAGCCGAAGCAGGACGAGGUGAUUGACAGACAGUUGUCGGAUUCAUUGGAAAGUAUGAAGCUAGGGAACGAGGAGGAAAAGGAGGAGAACUUAUCGGUGCACGCUUCGUAAUUCCAGGCAAUUAGAAUAUCGUAA